AGCUGUCCUCGCGAAAUUAUAGAGCACGAAGUCGUCCGACAAGCAACCAGUUUAUGUGCUGCUACAAUGACCACUCGUUGACUCCAUUGCUGCCGCAUUCUUCGGCCAAAUCCCCCCCUCCGCCCCUCCCCCGCGGUUCAGGCACAUGGCCGCCGUACUUGUGUUCGCCGGCAAGUCGGUCGCAACUGCUGCCAUCAGCUUCUUGGUCACAAAGGCUUUCAACUACCUCGACGAGUAUCGCAAAUCUGAAGGCAUGGAGGAGGUGAAGAAUCGGCUCCGGCUGGCCAUGCCACAGAUCCAGUCGGUGUUUGAUGUCGUCCAGCCGCAACGCAUCAGGGAGCAGAGCAGCGCACUGGAUGAGUGGCUGUGGCAGCUCAGGGACGCCGUCGAGGAGGCUGAGGAUUCCAUCGAUGAGCUAGAGUACCUCGUACUCGAGAAGAAGGCUAAAGAGCGCAAGGUUAGUGACCGCUGCUCUUGUUUUGGUAGGAUGAAGCAUAAGUUUGUCAGAUCCGUUAAGCAAGCCGGUAUUUUGAACAAGACUCUCGACAGACUGGUGAAAUCUGUGGAUAGAUUAGACAAGGUUGCCGAAGGUGUUGCCAAUUUCCUCAUCCUCGCAGGAACAGCUUCCAGCAGUCAGCACCAAAUGCAGUUGGCUGACAAUGACCGCCAGACAGGCUCAACGUUAUGUACAACCAUAUUUGUUGGGCGAGAGAAAGAGAAAGAACAGAUUAUUCAGUGGCUAACAAACAUAUCGGCUGAAUCGGCAAACAUGGGCAGUAUUCCGAUUGUUUCAUUGGUCGGUCAUGGUGGCAUGGGCAAAACCACUCUGGCUCAGAGCAUAUGCGAAACAUCUGAGAUACGGAGCUGUUUUACGGUCGUCUGGGUUACUGUAUCCACUACCUUUGACGCAACAUCAGUAACAAGUAAAAUUCUGGAAUGUGUGACAGGAGUAAAGCCACAUACUGAUCAGUUGGAACCAUUGCAAAGAUUACUCCAAGGCAUAAUGGAGCGUCUUAGUUUCUUGCUUGUUUUGGAUGAUGUCUGGGAAGAUAAGAAAAGAAAUGAAUGGGAAAAGCUAUUUGCUCCUUUCAGGAAACUGAACAACAGGAGCAAAAUUUUGUUGACGACCCGAAUGCGGUCUGUAGCAUCCAUGGCCACACACGUGAUGAAUGUAAAAAAUGAUGAGUGCUUGACAUUAGGAGGUCUGAAAGAAGAUGAAAAUCUGGAGCUCUUCAAUCAUCAUGUGUAUUCUGGUUUGAACCCACAGGAGUAUGAGGACUUGAAAUCAAUUGGAGAGCAAAUUGCAAGAAAGCUAGGAGGAUGUCCCUUGGUAACAAAGGUUGCUAGUGGGCAUUUGCAUGAUAUCAUGGAGUUUGAUUACUGGAAGAACUUCUUGGACGAAGGAUUGGAACAGUUUAAAGGAACUGAAGAGGAUAUUAUGAAGAUUCUGAGGUUAAGCUACUACCACCUACCAGUAGAGUUGCAGAUGUGCUUUCGAUUUUGUAGCUUGUUUCCCGAGGACCAUGAAUUUUUUAAGGAUGAUUUGGUGAAGAUGUGGGUGGGUUCAGGAUUGAUCUCACAGGCUACAAGUUACUCACAACCCUUAAAGGUAAUGAACACCGGUGAACAAUUCUUGGCUCAACUGACCAGAAAAUCAUUCUUUGAAGUGAAAACCAAAGAGCGCAAUGAUAUAGUAGGAGAAGAAUACUAUGUCAUGCAUGACAUAUUGCAUGAAGUGGCAAGGAAUGUUUCAUUUGGUGAAUGUGCAAGAAUAAAUGAUCCUACCAGGUUUGAUGAUAAGAAGGAUACAGUCCGACACAUAUGUGUUUCCCAUAUCCAGAAAUUUUCUGUUGAGGACAUCAAGAAACUAUCCUAUUUUAAGAACCUACGCUCUAUUAUCAUCGAUAGUUAUCAUGAGGUUGAUGACAAUAUAGUUUGUGCACUUGAACAAAUUGUUGAAAGCUCAAAAUCAUUGCGUCUAUUUCAUUCAACGUUGAGAAAUACAUUCCAUAUUGCUGACAAGUUCGGUGAGCUAAAGCACCUCCGCUAUCUAUGUCUGGAUCACAUAUCACCAGAGGGAAUUCGUGUUGUGUCCAAACUUUAUCACUUGACGCUGUUUCAUUGUCAGAAUGGUUUACAGGGAGCAACAUAGUAACUUUGAGGUGUGUACUUGGCUCGUGAGCAGCAUUGAAGCGUUGCUGGAGCAAUCAUCUUCAAGGAUUGCUCGAAGCUGGAGAACUGGGAGUCUAGGAUCGUCAAGGAGGUAUUUGCAUGGCACGGAAACCAAGAUUCUCCUUAGUUUGAUGCACUUAAGUUUCUUUAUGUAGUGUUGCGAGGAAAUAUGGGCUUGAUGUGUGUUUAAGUUGCUUGUGUACGUGAUGUCUUCGUUUAUUUCAACAUAUUUUAUUCCAAAUUAUUUAUCAACUCCAACUAGUUCUUAUUGUUGUUGCCAAGGAAAAUGAUGAUUGUGUUUGGUUUUU